GGUUCAUGCGGCUUAUUUACCACUUUCUCAAAAACGGUUGAAUGCCUCCGUUUGUUUGCCCAAUCGGACAGAAUGGAUAAAGCGUCACAGGCCGCAAAACGUAGGCAAGAUAAGCACCACAAGAAGGUUCCACCACCGAAGCCGGCUAAGGCCAAACAGACGGAGAAACCGAAGGCACCGGAUGUACAGCACACGGCCCCACUCGUUGUUGUCGAAGCUCGCUAUUCGAAGCGCCAAAUUGAGCAGAAUUGGAACGAAAAGCGAGAUUUACCUGCGGGCCACGACGACGGUUCCGACGACGAACAGCUCGGAGCGGCUGAUUUCGAAAAAUUGUUAGAACUGCCCGCCUCGUCCGGUGGUCACUUUCUGCUCAGCUCCGAAAAGCAUUGGCUCGAGCCGGACUCUGGCCUGCCGGGGGCCGACGAGAAGAAUCGCUUCGGUGAGUACUUUCACAUCGACACCAAGCAGCUGAGAGCCAGCCUCGGUGCCAUUCCCUUCUACCAGCGGUACGGAUACGACGAAGCGCUCUUUGGUGCGCGGGAUUUGAAUUUAAUGCGACAGAAGGCGGAAAUGAUAGCGCAAAAGUUGAAGCACACCAACACAAAUACGAGCAGCUUCACGGAUUCUCAAAAGGGCAAAGAAACUACGACCUUACUGGAGAAACCUCGACCAACACCAUGUUUGGUGGGAAGCAUGGCACUUCCGAAGGAAACAACCGAAUCUUCCGAGCUGGGUAACGUGACACGGGAACUGGAUGUAAUCGUGGAGAAGAAAUUUGACGCACUUACCAUUGAACCCAAAGUAACACCAGUAACGACGGUGGAAACGGUACCUGAAACUUCUAUCGCAAAAUCAGAAACCAGUGGGAAGUCCGUGCCAACGAGUUCACCUUCAUCGAAUGACACGAAAGAAGAUAUUCAGCAAUGGUUGGACGAUAUACUUGAACUGUAGGAUGUGAAAGUAGAUUCU